AAUUGAGUCUAGACCAGACAAUCCAGUGAUUGAUAUCAUGAGCAUCCAUUCACGCAAUUGGGAUCGAUGACAUGACAACAUGGAGGGGUAUAUGUACAUGUAUUUCUCAGUACUGACAACAACUUCUGAACAAGUGAAAUACUUCAAUCAUGGUAGAUCUACCCAUGAAGAUCUGAAUAGGCCUAUUCUAUUCCAACUGUAAGAGGCAUCUAUGCUUGUCAUAAGAGGCGACUAACGGGAUCGGGUGGUCGGGCUUGGUGACUUGGUUGAUGUUUGUCAUUGUAUCCCAAUUGUGUGGAUCGAUGCUCAGGAUGGAUUGUCUGGUCCAGACUUGAUUAUUUACAGAAGGCAAUCAUAUAACUGGAAUAUUGCUAAGUGCAGCGUAAAGCAACAAAUAAGCAAGGAUCAUGCUAUCAACAUACAUACUACCAACCUUAUUUGGUAGAAUGAAACUUUUACAACCUCUAAAUAUGAGAACAAACCUUAAAAAAAGAGCGAGGUUUUACCUGUAUGGUCUAUAUGUGCAGUCCUACAGGACAUCUUUUGCCAAGUCUAGGUUCAUGUCUAAUCUGCUCUGUUGAUGUUGUCCCAGAUGGAGACCCUGGUGUGGCCUCAACACAGUGUGGCGGUAAUCAAAGGCCUCCAUCAGUUUUAUUGUAACCAGGCACUGUGUGAUGUGAGCCUCAUCGCUCAAGAUGGAACUACUUUCAAAGCACAUCAACUUCUGCUAGCCAUCAACUCUUCCUUCUUCCACUGGGUGUUUCAUGGCUGGAGGGAAACCAAUGAGAGAAUCACAGAAUUCAAGACAAGCAUCGAGGCCCAUGUGCUUGGUGCUCUUCUCAGCCUGAUAUACCAGGGGGAAGUGAAGGUCCCUUCUCUCUGGCCUUGGAAGCAGAAGAUCCUGGAAGCUGCCACUACGCUUCAGUUCAGCAGUAUAGUAGAGGCCCUACAGAGUGCCGACAGACUCCUCCCGUCCGGCUGUGGGGGCCUCCUGGUCCAGGGUAGGGGGCAUCAGGAGAACACAAGCAUGACGAGUGCCCUGCAGGAUGUGCAGAUGGGUGGGCAACAAGGAAUGAGGAGUCUGCACCCUGGCCCAAUGAGGAGUGGCUUCAGCAUGACGGAUGGUGAAGUCUUGCAGGGUGUUCGUCUGACUUCUGACACUGCAGAUCCAAGCAUCACCAGACCCUCCACUGUGUGUGCUGUACCACUACCCCAACAAUGCGUGCAGACCGGCCUUCAACUCUCUACACCCAGCUGUAUACCCCUACAGUCUGUUGGCGCUGCACCGACCUCUACUCACGAUCCACUCAUAAUAGAUACUGUCAUCCACCAGAGAGCCUCUAGUGACAUGCAUGUGUUACAAGCACUAAAUGUGUACUCAGUUUCUCCAAAGUCAGCCUCUGCCCCUACCAGACCGAUUACUGCCAACCCACAAGGUCCUCAACUCACUGGUUUAGUUGAUUCUCGAAGGGCUUCACAAAGUGAAAUGUUGAGUAACAACCCACAAGUUUCUGUACCCUCAAGUUCAGUUUGCUCUGAAAGACCUGUAGUAAGUGAAGUGCAGAGUGUUUCACCCAAACCUCCCAACAUGGUGCAGACUUCGAUGUGUUCUACAGGAGUCGCCCUGAGUUCUACAGGGCAUGCUGGAGGUGCUCCAGGUCCUCCUCAAACCACUGCUGAUGGGCCACAAGGAACAGGUGACCCUAACUAUCAGCAGGUGCAGGAACAAGGUGUUUAUAAUCCAGGUCAGGACCAGACAGUGAGUCAUAUCAGUUGCAAGCAAUCAGCCAGUGAUGUUAAGCUAUCAGUUGUUAGUGAUCCUACUACUGUUCGUUCGUCAAAUAUUGACGAGACCAAUAUUUACGAGGAAUAUAUAGUACCACACGCUACAUGUUCGACUGUGCCAGAGCAAACCCCAGCCAUUGAUGAGGAGGCUCAUCGUUCUCUUGGAAGUAGGGGAGAUAAGGGCCUGGUUGGUGUGGAAGAUUCACCUGUUGCUGUAUCCCAAAACACACUUUACAGCCAACCUGUCCCUGAUGCUGAAGACAAUCCUGUUAAAUCCAGUGAGAGUUCCAGUCAAGUGAGACCCAGAAAGAGUAGACGAGUUAUGAAUCAAGUGCAAGUGAAGUCAGGUGGCAGUGUUUCGGUACCCAUAGAAACAAACAAACGACAAACAAGAUCUAAAACCAAGUCAAAGAUUGAUACUUUUUCAUCAGUUCAAACCAGUGUACAGAGAACGCGAGGAAGGAAGUCAAAAUGUGACCCUGUAGUUGAUGAUGAAGUGAAGGUGAAGGUCACACAGAGACGUAACACAAGGCACUCUCAACCUACUGCCACAAAUACUAAAGGAGGAAAGUUGUCCAAAGAUGCAAAGUGUAAUUUAAAGAAAAAGCACAUUAUUAAAAAAUCAGUUCAUUUAGCUGAAGGUAAACUGCCAAAUCAAAAGAACCUCAAACAGAGUAGAUAUGUGUUCAGUGUUAAAAGAAAAGAAUUAAAAAGAGCAUCUCACUUAGGUAGGAUGACGAAGGCUCUUUGUAGCAGAUAUCAUAUUCUUUUGUUGUUAAAGGACUUGUACUUAUCUCAAAACCUCCACAAAACCACCUCACAGAGCUACAGAUGUACACUAUGCAGAAAGGACUUUAAAAGAUUCAGCACUUGGAGACUUCACACAAUCUCGGUCCAUCUUUGUCAGAAGAGGAAGUUGCAAGGUCAAAGGUCGAAGGUAAAAGUUUUACUGAAAGAGGUGAAAGGUCAGAAGAAGAAGAAACCUUCGGGAGAAUGUCUGCUGUGUACCGAGUGUGGGUCUGUCUACUCCUUAAGGAAAACACUCAAGUUCCACCUCAUGCAGGUCCAUCACAUGUUGCCAUCACAGGUGGAAAUGAAUUCAGCCCUUCUAGUCAGCUGUGAAAUUGACAGUUGCCAUUUUGCCUCUAUCGACUACGGUGAACUGGAACGUCAUGCCAAGCUGGAACAUCCCGAUGUGAAGUACAAGUGUACCCACUGUCAGAGGCCAAGGAUGUUCCACCUGAAGGCCAUGCUGGACAAGCACGUGACGAAGGUGCAUGGGAACAAGCCCAUCUUCUCUUGUACACAGUGUGGCCAGCAGUUUGUGAAGUACGUCCAUCAGCAAGAGCACGAGCGAGACCAACACGGCGUACAGCACUCAGUGAAGCUGUUUAGAUGUGAUGUUGAAGGGUGUGAGUAUGAGACUGUCCGCAAGUUCUUCCUGGAAAAACACAAGCGUAUUGGUCACACGGAGCACAAGUGCCCCCACUGCAACAUAAUUGUCAAGACAGGAGAUACCCUACAGAACCACAUCCGAACGAUGCACCUCAACAUCCGCCCCUUCCUCUGCGACAUCUGUGGAAUGGGAUUCGCCAAGGAGCCGGUUCUGCGGCUCCACGUCAAGAGCAAACACAACCAGGACAAGGAAUACAAGUGUCAGCACUGUCCAUAUGGUACCAACAUCCACUGGUACCUAGCCAAUCAUGUAUUCCAUCGUCAUGGUGUCCGGGCUGAUUUUGACAAUCGCAAAGAGCUUUCCUGCCCUCAUUGUAAUGUGAAAUACCUGACAAACAGUUACCUUCAAAAACACAUCCGCAAUGUACACGACCAUACCUUCAAGUGCACGUGCGACGUCUGUGGCAAGAGCUACAAGUCCUUCUCGGCGAUGAGCACGCACAGGAAGAUCCACCAGGACGGGGAACAGAAGUGCCCUUACUGUGACUACAGCUCCAAGACUGGGGAGCAUAUGAAGCUUCAUAUCCGCACACAGCAUGUGUUCAAGGGCAUGAAGCCCUACCUGUGCCCGUACUGUGUUUACAGCAGCGCCAUGGGGGGGAAUGUCCGCAAACAUGUGAUGCAUAAACACCCCGGGGAGGAGGUGCGUUACAACACCGACAAGGAGCAGAUACUGUACAUGCAGCUCACAGAGGCGCAGAUGGAACGGUCCAGUCAGGACAAAGGGGUCGGCGAGGAAAAGGCAAAGUAUUACAGUGCUGAAGACCUUCAGAAGUUACCAGCAUGAAUGGCCAAAUGCAUCCUUGACUUUCAAGUGUAUUAUGUCUCAAUUCUAUCAUGACAUGUAACUAGAACCACUGUGUAUCCGACGUGAGUGUGUGGGCGCUUGUCCAGGUUAAACUGUGGAAUGGUUUGUCAGUGGGCUUGCACUGUAAUAGCAGCAUCAGUCCAGACUAAAACAUGACCGACUCUGUGGUAUAGUAGUAGAGCGUCGUCCCGGAGAGCAGAAGGUCAAGCAUUCUUACAAACACAUGCACACUUGCACACUUGCACACACAUCGCUAUAUAAGUGCAAUAAUCUUGAAUGCAACGUUAAACCCAAUUUCACCUCACCCCAUCAAGACGAAAAUACACAUAGACACCGCUAUAUAAGUGCAAUAAUUCGUUAAUCCCCAUUUCACUUCACCCCACUUUCAGAGCAGGGAUGCUAAUAACAUCAUUUCUACCAUGACAUUGAUGAAUGCUUGAUUCUGAUUGGUUAAAAAGGUUUCCUUUUUGAUACAGAAACCUAACUGAUAACUUAUUUGACCAUAAGAAACAUAGAAACCACUGAUUAUGGCAUGAACAUGAUGACUUGGAAACUUCAAUGAAUGACUCAAGACACUCAACACUAAUGCAAAAGCGUUAUGUUCAUUGUCUGUACAACAUGUACAGCGCUAGUUGCCUUUCAUUGCUGGGCCUGUGUUCUUCUAAUCAACUGGACACUUGUGUUUGGAACUGAUGAAAUCUUAAUAGUUUACUGGUAAUCGCAAGUGACCAAUGAGCAAAAUGAAUCAGUUAAGUGUUGUUUGUGUAUUGAUAUUUUACUUUCUUUUGCUUUGUCAUGUGAUGGUUUCAACAUAUUUUGCUCAGUCCAGAGUUUGCAAUAGCUGAAUCCAUGCCAUCCUGACCCAGCAUCUCGUCGUCUGUUACUCGGUCUGUAGCAUACAGUGAGAGCUUGUUACUCCAGUGAAAUUGUAGUUUAACAAAUUUCCUGCAAAUGAAGUAAUGGGCAUGUAUAAAGCUGUUCCAAGCUGUAAUCAUCCAGAAAAUACUUUUUCACCGUCAUAUAUUUCACAUUAUUGUUGAAACAAUUUGUAAACUGACAAGUUUCAAGCUCGGUUUUUACAAUUGUUGCUUGUAUAUGUGGGAUGAUUGGUGCUGAAAUCUAAUGUUAGGUCAGACUGUUACUUAUUGGUUUAUGUUUUUUUAUAAUGAAAUAUUCUUGUGGUAGGUGGUAAAAAGUAUUUCAUCUAAUCAUUUUGUUUGUUCUUCUGAAAUUGUCUGAAUAUGUUGUCAUUUGUGCAAUGAGUUAAGCAUUACUUAGGAACCAAGUGUGUCUGGCCAGUUGCAUCUUGGGAGUUAUUUGGACCGCUGGCUGAGUGGAAAAUGUCAUAAGUUGGCCCAUGAGUGAUAGCCUUGAGAGUUUAACGGAAGCUGUGAUUAAAUCAUACAAGAGUCUGUAAACUUCCUCUUCAACACAAAUGCAUGUUUUAUAUCAUUGUUUUAUCCCUAUUUCGAGGGAGAAGAUGUUUAACAAAUAUUUUACCUUAUCAAAUUGUGAUAUUGACCACAAUAAUAAGUUUGUUGUGUAAGGAAGCUAUUUGACAGCAAUCUGUAGAUCAGUCUAGAUCUAGAUCAGACAAGCAGUGGUUGAUAGUACGAGUAACAUCACAAAAUGAGUCUACCUCCGUAUAGUCACCUUGUACGACAAGCACUGGUUGAUAGUACAAGUAACAUCACAAACUGAGUCUACCACUCGAUCCGUUUAGUCACCUUGUACGACAAGCACUGGUUGAUAGUACGAGUAACAUCACAAAAUGAGUCUACCACUCGAUCCGUUUAGUCACCUUGUACGACAAGCAGUGGUUGAUAGUACGAGUAACAUCACAAACUGAGUCUACCUCCGUGUAGUCACCUUGUACGACAAGCAGUGGUUGAUAGUACGAGUAACAUCACAAAAUGAGUCCACCAUCCAAUCCGUUUAGUCACCUUGUACGACAAGCAGUGGUUGAUAGUACGAGUAACAUCACAAACUGAGUCCACCAACCAAUCCGUUUAGUCACCUUGUACGACAAGCAGUGGUUGAUAGUACGAGUAACAUCACAAAAUGAGUCUACCACUCGAUCCGUUUAGUCACCUUGUACGACAAGCAGUGGUUGAUAGUACGAGUAACAUCACAAACUGAGUCUACCUCCGUGUAGUCACCUUGUACGACAAGCAGUGGUUGAUAGUACGAGUAACAUCACAAAAUGAGUCCACCAUCCAAUCCGUUUAGUCACCUUGUACGACAAGCAGUGGUUGAUAGUACGAGUAACAUCACAAACUGAGUCCACCAACCAAUCCGUUUAGUCACCUUGUACGACAAGCAGUGGUUGAUAGUACGAGUAACAUCACAAAAUGAGUCUACCACUCGAUCCGUUUAGUCACCUUGUACGACAAGCAGUGGUUGAUAGUACAAGUAACAUCACAAACUGAGUCUACCUCCGUGUAGUCACCUUGUACGACAAGCAGUGGUUGAUAGUACGAGUAACAUCACAAAAUGAGUCUACCAGCCGAUCCGUUUAGUCACCUUGUACGGCAAGCAGUGGUUGAUAGUACGAGUAACAUCACAAACUGAGUCUACCACUCGAUCCGUUUAGUCACCUUGUACGACAAGCAGUGGUUGAUAGUACGAGUAACAUCACAAACUGAGUCUACCACCCGAUCCGUUUAGUCGCCUUGUACGACAAGCAGUGGUUGAUAGUACAAGUAACAUCACAAACUGAGUCUACCACCGUUUAGUCACCCUGUACGACAAGCAGUGGUUGAUAGUAGGAGUAACAUCACAAACUGAGUCCACCACCCGAUCAGUUUAGUCACCUUGUACAACAAGCAUGGGUUGCCAAUGUUCUAACCCAGAACCUUAAAUAAUAUUUUAAGUAGAGUGUUUUUGGAAUACAACCUGAAUGUCUGAGACUGAUAGAGGUAAUUUGGACAACCAAGAUUUUGGGGAUUCUGGGGGAGAGAAGGUCUCCAAUACCCAAUGCUUGUUGUGUGAGCUGACUAUUAAUGGGGCCGUGAUGGUUAACACAAUGUGCGAUAGGACUGGGAUGAGUCCAGAUUUACUACCUCGGUAAUCAACCCCUUACUACCCAACCCAAGAAUUGGGUACAAAAUUCUGAUUGGGAAUUACUGGAGCCCUGGCAAGAAGUAUUCAGAUAAACAUAUAAAACAAUCUUGUCAUGCAUACACUGAAGUUGACUGAAACUUUAUCUUAUUCAAACAUAUAAAAGUCAAAAGGAAUGAGUGCCUAGUCGGAACAAAAUGCUAACAUUAGUGUCUUGUACUGUAACCAUGGAGUUUUAGUGUCCGUGUCUGGGUUGUCCUGUGAGUACCAGGGCCCUACUCAGUACCCACCUGCCCGAGUACCCACGUUACUGCUCCCAGUGCUAACAUGUGAUCUGAUUGGCUGUGUGUCACUGUACCCAGACUGCUGGUGUUGCUACCAGUAUCCACCUGUGUUGAUUCCAGACUCAAUUACAGAUAACUGUGAUGUAGCAGCUAUACCCCAGUACUCCUUCAACAUUAAACAUUGAAUUCAUUUUGUAACUCAAGUUUUGCAAUUUUGACACAAUGUUUACUAUGAAAAAGAACAUUGUUCUCAGUAUUAUCACCUGUUUAGUAGAUUACACAAGCUUUGUCCAUAUAUUGACAGUUCUGUGUUCAGAAGAGGUUGCUGGACUUCAAUAAACAUGCUUCAAUGAUUUUGUGUUGUUUAUUCCAGCUAUAUGAUGGCAGACUGUAAAUAAUCCACUCUUUUAGGUUAUGUAUAAAAACACAUGUAUGUCUUGAUAUUCCCGAGUUAACAUAAGUACCUGGUACCAGUAUUAAGAAGCAUGUCCUGUAUAUACUCUCCACAACUCUCUCUAAAGUUGGGGCCCAAUCGUCUUUAGGCAUUACAAUUUCGCUGUGCAGAGUUUCGGUUUUGCUGGUUGAAAUAGACAUGGCGUUUGACAACAUAAUGUUAUCAACUUUGUUUUGCAAAUGUCUGUUGAUUACAAAGCUAGUUGUUAUAUCGUCAUAGUUUAUAGUAGAUACUGUAGAUAGUUUAUUCAUACAUUGUACCUUACCUUACCACACUGAUAUAAACUUAUCAAACAUU